UUUUUUUUUACUUUUAGUGCAUAAUGCCCAAGCUACUCCCUCACAUGGAGGGUAUUACAAGAAUCAAAGAGGAAGGGAACAAGACAAUACAGAGGAAUAUUGUCAUAAACGCUCCUCGGCAUUGGAAGGGAUAAACCUUACUUGGCAAGAGAAUUUGCAAUAACAUUGAUUUCUGUAGAUAUGCUUCAUCACGACUUGUUCAUCUUGAGCCAUCAUUCUUUUAAUCUCCCUAACCAGACAGCAGUCGUGUGAGUAUCUGCAACCCCUUUCUCCAGAUUGCAUAGAUGCAUAGCCUUAGAUUUUUCUCUCUCUACCAAAUCAUCUUCCCGAUUCAAGCUUCAGAGAGGGAACCAGGAAGAUGAUUAACCAAAACCGCUUCCUGAUUUUAUUCCGGAUCAUCGUAGGCCCUCAUGCUUUUGAUUAACCUAGCGGCGGCGGCGGCGAGAAGAGGAACGAAGUUGAGUGGUUAAAGCACCUCAGCCAUUUUUCUUCAAUGUUCUGUGGCUGAUUCUCUGCCUCUUUCACAGGGAUCAGAUCAUGUUUUCAUUCACCACUCUUCACUCCAAAUGAGCAGCUCAAGGGAAAACUCGCCAGAUUGGUUGUGUUCUUUUCUGAAACAUAUGGAAACAUAAGGGGGAUGGCUAGAGUGUGCUGGUUUGGAAAGCUUACUGCUUCCUAUCAUGUGCUUCUCUUUGCUGGUGAGUGGUGAUGGUGUCAAAGUAGAUGAGGAGAUGUCAAAGUUACUCCCUUCUCAGAAAAAGAAAAUGAGACAAAAACAAAGAAAGGCAGAAGCAAGAGCUAAGAAAGGGGCAGAGGAAAAGAAUGAAGAGUUAAGUGCCAGUGAGGUAUCCAAGUCUAGAAAACGGCAUGUAAAACCUGUGAAUCCUGAUCCACAUGGGGAGAAGUUAUUGCAGGUUGAUGCUCCACUGUCGGAAGCUACUAAAUACUUGAAGUUGCUGCAGAAGAAUUCACCUGAUUCAUUAGAGACACUCUUGCUCUUUUUUGAAUUAUAUACAAGGAAGCAGAAAGUUUUGCUUACCUUUCAGGGCCAGCGGAUUAAGGAAACAAUCAGGAAAUCAUCAAUCUACUGCAAUAAUUUUCAUAUAUGGAUGGUGGAAAGAAUGAAAAAAAAAAGCAUUUUUGAGUGGAAUUUGGCACCAAGCGAAAGUUGUUUAUGUGUUGAUUGAUGUAAGGUACGAGAAAGACACAUAGAGGGCAGAGGCAUCAGUGGAACUGGGUUUGUGAUUGAAGACCCUUUGUGAUCCACUCAAUAGGUUAUAAAGAUAGGUUAGAACUAAUGUAUGUGUCCUUCAAUAGUAGACAUGUAUUGUCUAUGCUUUAAGUAACACUUGAAGUCCUGAAUCAAAACCCCACCACUUUUAUAUCACAUCAGGCAUCUACGGUAUGAUCUUAAUUAAA